AGGUGGGGUUGUUAUGGCUCAUCAGGUGCGACCCGGAAGUGAAGGAAAUCUCACGUCAGGAAGAAAGAUAACAACAAAGCGGUUAUUCUGUCAGUGAAUAAGAUCUCAGUGUAACAUCAACACUACAUGGUGAAAGGAUCUGCAUCACAAACAUGGCGCAGAAAAUUAACGAAGCCAAUGAGCACAUCGCUAAAGCGGAAAAAUAUUUAAAGACCAGUUUUAUGAAAUGGAAGCCAGAUUAUGACAGCGCUGCGUCAGAAUAUGCAAAAGCAGCUGUCGCUUUCAAAAAUGCCAAACAACUUGAAGAAGCAAAAGAAGCUUAUUUACUAGAAGCAGAGGCUCAAACCAACAACAGAACACUUUUCCAUGCUGCAAAGGCCCUCGAGCAGGCAGGGAUGAUGCUGAAGGACAUGCAGAGGCUCCCCGAGGCAGUUGAGUACAUAGAGAAAGCCAGUAUGAUGUACAUAGAGAACGGCACCCCAGACACUGCUGCCAUGGCUCUCGACAGAGCAGGAAAGUUGAUCGAACCGGUGGAUUUAUCUAAAGCUGUGGACCUCUAUCAGAAAGCUGCAUCGGUGUUUGAGAACGAGGAACGUCUGCGGCAGGCCGUGGAACUGCUCGGCAAAGCAUCUCGACUCCUCGUCAGACAAAAGAAGUUUGAUGAAGCAGUAGUGUCCAUCCAAAAGGAGAAGAAUAUGUACAGGGACAUAGAAAAUUACCCGACAUGUUUUAAGAAAACCAUCGCACAAGUGCUGGUUCACUUACACCGAGGAGAUUACGUAGCGGCCGAUAAGUGUGUGAGGGAAAGCUACAGUAUCCCAGGAUUCAGCGGGAGUGAGGACUGUAUUGCGUUGGAGCAGCUGUUACAGGGAUAUGAUGAGCAGGAUGAAGAGCAGGUGGCCCGUGUCUGCAACUCACCACUAUUCAAAUACAUGGACAAUGACUACGCUAAGCUGGCUAUCACUCUUAAUGUGCCUGGAGGAGGGAAGAAGAAGAAGGCUGCUGCUGCUGCUCCAGGAGACGGAGGAGUGAAGAGUGGAGCUGAUAAACAUGAGGAAGAUGAGGACGAGUAUGCAGGAGGACUCUGUUAGAUACUAACGCUCGAUCAGGAAUCGGUGAAUUGAGUCACAGCCAGAAUGCAUCCUAAAGAUAAAUCCACCCUGAUAUUCAUUUUUAUGAAUAACAUUUUAUCGUCAAUGGCAUUCGAGAUUUAAUUUAUAAACCAGUUGACUUUUUUGUUCAUAACCUGAACACGAUCCCUUAUGUCUAAGACUUUCUCCUAUUGCAUACUAUUGUAACCAUAGCAACAUCCCUCUCUGAUAUCAGUGUGACCUUAAUAACUAUCAACGACCCACAGUAAUAAUAUAAAUACAGCAUCAACCAGUAAAUUGGUAAAUCGAUAAGUGCACAAUCACAAAUAUUUCAACAGAAAUGUAUUUAGGGUGGAGUUUUACUUUAGGCCACAAUGUGGGCUUCUUGUUUAGGGGGUGUAGCUUUGCACGUUGUCGCUCAAUGCACCAUAUCUUUGAUUGAAUUGCUAAAGGUAACACUCUCCGUAGCCUUAUGAAAUUCUUUCAACAAAAACGGAUAUACAGUACAUGCAUAUUACCUGCAGCCUGAGUACUGCCUCAUAAGCUUGGACGUCGCAUUCAGACAUCACGGUGAUGAUUUGAACGCUCUGGUAUUUGUGUCUCCUUACAGUACUCUCUCGCUCUCUCAAGUGUUCAUGAAGUUAAAUAAUAACAAAAUAUUAUUACGUUUUACGAUGUGUAAUGCUGUUAUAUGUUUAUGAAGAAUAAUAAAAAAAAUACUAUACAGUAAUAGGUGUUUUCUAGUUACACAAAAUCAAGAGCUUAUUUAAUAUAACCUGUACUUUUUGUUUUGUCAUGGUAACAUGCUGCUUGCAGGUUAAUUUAUCCAAAAUGAUUAUUUAUUAUCAUGACAAUCAGACCGUAUAAUUCAUAUCUCAAUGCAAGUUUACUCUACAUGCUGCAGUGUUGAAAACAGUCAUGUCUGAUGAUCUAAAGUCAAAACAUUUAUGAUUAAAAAAGCCAUCCUUAAUCCCUCACUUUAUUUUGAUAUGAUCUCUUUUCAGCCAAUGUUUCCAUCCAUCUAAUUACACAUUCAAAUCCAAAUGAUAAUCAAAGUAUACCCUUAAAAACUAUACGAUAAAAGUGCAUGAAAUUAUGCCUUAAUGUUACGUCCUGGAUCUUAAUGUAAUGUAUUUUCUUGCAUAUUACUUAUAGGGGAAAACAUACUAUUGUGAAUUGAAACUUCAGGGAACAAUUAAUCUUUGAAUUAGUUUAGCAGGAAAUUCUUUUGCAACUUGUAAGAAAUCUUGUGCAGUUUAUUUUAAAAGAUUUUUUUAUGCUUUGAAAUGACGUGUGCAUGUUCUAGAGACAAAAAUCUGUAAACUCUUACUUUAAAAUGUCUGAAUUGCAUGUAAACCUACCAGUGGGUAAAUGUGUAGCCUCAAUAUUUUGAUGAAAAAAGUGCAAAACUCUGACAUAAAACUUGAAUCUUA